AUGGAUCGAGUGCAGGCAUUCGGAAAGAACUUCAGUGCGAGCUUCACGCCUUUUGCGCAGCGUACCCAGCAGAUGAUCAAGGAACAGCUUGGACAAGCCGAAGACAAGACCCAACUCCCCGAUGAAUACAUCGAGCUCGAGAAGCGCGUCGAUGCGCUCAAGCUUGUCCACCAGAAGCUCCUGCAAGUGACCUCGCAAUACUCCAACGAGGCCUACGAUUACCCUCCCAACAUCCGCGAGUCUUUCAAUGACCUUGGCCGCACCAUCAACGAGAAGGUUCAGCUUUUGUCGCAGGCUGGCUCGCCCGCUGAGGCACAAGCCGCCUUGACUGCUCCUCCUUCCGCGAAGCCGCAGCCCAAGACCUUCAACCAUGCCAUCGCCCGCGCUUCCCUCGCCGGCUCGCAGACCCUUGCGCAGAGCACUGAGGGUGAGGACCCUCUCGCCAAUGCGUUGGAGAAGUAUGCUCUGGCCGAGGAGAAGGUCGGCGAGGCCCGUCUCGCUCAGGAUGCUCAGAUCCAGUCCCGCUUCCUGGCCGGCUGGAACACCACCCUCAACACCAACCUCAUGUUCGCCGCUAAGGCGCGCAAGAAUGUCGAGAAUGCCCGUCUGAUGUUGGACUCCGUGAAGGCUAGCAAGAAGGCCGGCGCCCACGGUGAUCUGGACAACCUGAGCGAGGACGCCCGCGCGGAGAUUGAGCAGGCAGAGGACGAGUUUGUUGGUCAGACCGAGGAGGCCGUGAGCGUAAUGAAGAACGUCCUUGAUACCCCCGAACCCCUGCGCAACCUGGCAGAUCUGAUCGCUGCUCAACUUGAAUUCCACAAGAAGUCAUAUGAAAUUCUCAGCGAGCUUGCCCCGACCGUCGAUGCGCUGCAGGUCGAGCAGGAGGCUAGUUACCGCAAGAUCCGUGAGGGUGCCUAA